AUGCCAUCCAUUGAAAUCUCAUCGCCUACAGGAAAGAUUAAAUUUCACUACACUAUCAGUACCCCUUCCUGCGCUGAUGCAGACAAAAUUGAUCCCGAAAUCCCCGUGCUUUUAUUCUUCCAUGCGCUGGCAUUUCACACAGUUUUUCAUUCUCAAUUCUCAGACCCUCUUCUGAGAAAAUUUAAUUUGGUCACUUUUGAUCUCAGAUGGCAUGGGGACACGGAAUGUGAUGGAGUCCCAGAAAAAUAUGGCCAAGAAGAAGCGGCUGAGGACAUUAUAGCACUCAUAACAACUCUCCGACUUCCACCUUGCCAUUUUGUGGCCCUUGACUUAGGCACCAUGAUUGCACUUCAAAUAGCAGUUAUAUUGCCUCACCAAGUUUUAUCGUUAUUCAUUAUGUCUCAUGUUUGCUUGGAGGAACUACCAGAAGUGCAAGAGGGAAGAACAGAACUUUAUGAACUGUAUACUUCUGGUUUGCCUGGUGCUCACAUUGAUGUGGGGUUUGGCUAUACACAGUAUACAUUCAGCAACAACAUGUCAAAUUUAGCUCAAGCCUUAUGUGAUUCGACUAUGCCCAUCGACUCCCGAAAUUGGUCAUCAGAACAUUUACAAGAAUACCGUUUGACAUCAUAUGACAUUUUCUGUAAUCGCAAAUCCCAGCCCAGAACAGCACUCUCACGGAUUUCAUGCCCAGUCAAGCUUGUGCAUGGGGGAAACAGUGUGGUUUAUGAACCAAGCUAUACAAUACAGUUGAUGAACUCUCUCCAGGAGGCAGGAGUGGAUGUGACUAUGGAGAUAGUUGCCAAUGCUCCUCACUAUCUAUGCCUUGAUUAUGCAAAUGAUGUUAAUAUCAUGAUUUAUGAGUUAGUCACACAUUCCAUGACAAAAGAAAGCAUUCCGCCUACUCCAACGAAUGUCAUAUCACCUUGGGAUGCCAUUCUGCGGGAGUAUGGAUGGAAGCCGGAUAGAGUCAAUGAAUUGGAUGAUGAUGACUUAACUGUUUCAUUUCCAACCUGGGUUGACAAUAAAUAA